AGAGCCGCGGACCUCUUCGCUCUGUGCCGGAGAGGCCGAGGAGUCGGGGCAGUCGGGGAGCCCCGAGGUGACAGGGGCACGGCGGGAAGGGCAGGGGCCUGGCGCUGGCCGGCGGUUUGUCCUUCCUACCGGGAGGGUGCCCCGGGCACCCCACUGGCCCGUUCCGGCUUCUUGGCAUGAGAGUGGCGACUCGGAUGGGUUGCGGUGCAGGGUUGUCCCUGAGUUCCUAAAGCCUGGACUUGAGAAUUCAAGAGACUAUCCUGACUUGGCAAAAGAAGCAGGCGAGAAAGCUUUAUCUGAUGCACAGAUCUCUUAUUCAGUAGUGGAACAGGCAUGUGUUGGCUACGUUUAUGGUGAUUCUACCUGUGGGCAGAGGUCUAUCUAUCACAGUUUGGGACUGACUGGAAUUCCUAUAAUUAACGUCAACAAUAACUGUGCUACUGGUUCUACUGCUUUGUUUAUGGCCCGGCAGCUGAUACAGGGUGGUAUGGCAGAUUGUGUCUUGGCUCUUGGGUUUGAGAAGAUGGAGAAGGGAUCCCUUUCCCUUUCCCCUGUAUCAAAUACUUCACAAAGGACCAAUCCAGUUGAUAAGCAUCUUGAGGUCCUGAUAAAAAAAUAUGGAUUGUGUGCCAAACCAGUUGCUCCUCAGAUGUUUGGGUUUGCUGGAAAAGAACACAUGGAAAAAUAUGGAACAAAGGUUGAACAUUUUGCAAAAAUUGGAUGGAAAAAUCAUAAACAUUCAGUUAAUAACCCGAAUUCCCAGUUCCAGAAGGAAUACAGUUUAGACGAAGUGAUGAAAUCUCGAGAAGUUUUUGAUUAUUUGACUGUCUUACAAUGUUGUCCCACUUCAGAUGGUGCUGCAGCGGCAGUUUUGGCUAGUGACACAUUUGUACAGAAAUAUGGCCUAGAAUCCAAAGCUGUGGAAAUUGUGGCACAAGAGAUGGUAACUGAUUUGCCAAGCUCAUUUGAAGAAAAAAGCAUUAUUAAAAUGGUUGGCUUUGAUAUGAGCAAAGAAGCUGCUAGAAAGUGCUAUGAGAAAUCUGGCCUGAGACCAAGUGAUAUUGAUGUCAUAGAACUUCAUGAUUGCUUUUCUGUCAAUGAACUCCUUACUUAUGAAGCACUGGGACUCUGUCCAGAAGGGCAAGGUGGACAACUGGUUGAUAGGGGAGAUAAUACUUAUGGAGGAAAGUGGGUCAUAAAUCCUAGUGGUGGAUUGAUUUCAAAGGGACAUCCACUGGGAGCUACAGGUCUGGCUCAGUGCGCUGAACUCUGCUGGCAGCUGAGAGGGGAAGCCGGAAAAAGGCAAGUUCCUGGUGCAAAGGUUGCUUUGCAGCAUAAUUUAGGCAUUGGAGGAGCUGUGGUUGUCACGCUGUACAAGAUGGGUUUUCCUGAAGCUGCCAGAACUCAUCAAAUUGAGGCUGCUCCAACUAGCUCUGAGUUUGAUGGAUUUAAGGCAAAUCUUGUCUUUAAGGAGAUUGAGAAGAAACUUGAAGAGGAAGGGGAACAGUUUGUGAAGAAAAUUGGUGGUAUUUUUGCCUUCAAGGUGAAGGAUGGCCCUGGGGGUAAAGAAGCCACCUGGGUGGUGGAUGUGAAGAAUGGCAAAGGAUCAGUGCUUCCUAACUCAGAUAAGAAGGCUGACUGCACAAUCACGAUGGCUGACUCCGACUUACUGGCUUUAAUGACUGGUAAAAUGAAUCCUCAGUCGGCAUUCUUUCAAGGCAAAUUGAAAAUCACGGGCAACAUGGGUCUGGCUAUGAAGUUACAAAAUCUUCAGCUUCAGCCAGGCAAAGCUAAGCUGUGAAGAAGUCCCUUUGCCUAUCUUUGAAAAUUAAGAUGAGAUAUAUAGAUACAUAUCCAUAUAUUUCAUUGUCAGAACUUAGAUGGAAACCACACACUGGCAAAUAAUGUGUUUUUAAAUGGGUGUGACCAAUCCUGUUUUUCCUGAACUCUGGGUGAAUAGAGCCUGCUGGUGUACUGCUGCUUUUGCUGAAUUGCAUACAACUGUGCAUUACAAAGUUAAUAUGGUAAUUAUGGUUUGGGGUAAAAUUGAGUUUCAGAAUAAAAUUAGGAACAGCAAGAUCUAAAAACUAUGUAAACAAAAGCUCUCAUUUUGCUUAUAAAGUAUAUUUAAAGAGCAUUCUGCUGAAAAUUGACUUUAAGUUUUCCUUGGGAGAACUAGGGAAGAAACCGAAUACCAGUAGCUGGUAAUUAGUGUUGUGCAGUUAAUGAGUUAACCUAUUUUGCAUUAAUAGUUUUUAAUUCUGUACUGGGAUGUUUUAAAAAACUUGAAUUUUGCACUUCAUGCUAUCAAAAUGGUAUUUUCUUCCCAAAUCAAAAUAAAUCUGAUCAGAGCUGGGGGCAAAAAAUCUAUAGGUGAACACAGGCCUAUUUUUAAAAUAAAAAUAUUUUUAAGAUGAGUUUCCUUCUUGAAACAUCAGUGUAUUAAUCAUAAAAUGCUGUUGUUAAAAAUAAUUGAACAAAUAAAGUUGGCUUUGAGAUGCACAGUUUUCAAAGUAUAAUCUCAUUUAAUUAAAUUUGUAAAGCUCUCAGUCCUUUGUUAUAAUUUUCCUUUUUCAUGUAAGUUUGGUUUAACUAAUUAGCCACAUUUAAUUUAUCUUUCUUCCUGAUUUUUCUAAUGCUAAUGUUAUUUCUUAUAACUCAGUAAGAUACAGGGUAAAAUGCUUUUGGAAGAAUGUUUGAUAGAAAAUUAAAAUAACUCUUCCUGA